AUGGACCCCCGGAGGGCGGCGCGCGGCGUGGCCAUGGAACGGCCCCUGCAGCCCAUCGUCUCGGCCAACUCGGACGCGUCCAGCGACUCGAGUGAAGGGGAGUUCACAUCUGUCUUCAAGAAGCUGAACCUGGAGAGUCUGCCCGAGCUGUGUGGAGACGCCGAAGCUUCGCUGCGCCACAAACUGCAACAGCAGCUGCAGAAACUGCACCACCAGCAGCUGCAGCGACAGGAACAAUUACAAAGUCUGCAACAGCAACACAAACAACAACAGCAGCUGGCGAUGAAACAACAUCAGAAACAGCAACUUCAAGCCCUGCAGCAGCGCACGGUGGCCACGCAGGAGGCGCUCACGGCGCGCGUCAGAGACGCCGUUCGCUCUGCGGAAGGGGACUCGCAACUGGAUUCGAGUGGCCGUGAAGACGACUCCAUUCCCUCCCGAACAACUGCAGGGACGAAGAUGGGAGCGUUGGCGGGAAAUGGCAAUGGGAUUGCCGCGAAGGGAGACAAGAGAUCGGCGACCAAAGAUGAGCAUCGAAAGCGCAGCCCGAGCAAGAAGCAACGGCGACAUCGCCUGAACAACUCCAGCAGUCAGGAUGCGACCGCAGUCCCUGCAAGCGCCUUGGGAACUCCACAGGUGGACUGGGAGAACCCCCCGGAGGAGGUGGCCGACGCGCCGCGCAAGGCGAAGGGGCGGCGGGCGAUGCGCGACGUGCUGUGGGCGACCAAGGCGGUGCCGAUCGCCGGGAAGCACUCGGCCUCCAGGACCGCGGGCUACUACGAGAAGAAAAUG